UCAUUUAUAAUCUAUUCACACAAAAAUUGAGAGAACCAUGGGUGUUUGUUAUUCUUGCAAUACAUCCUCAAUAUUCAAAAACAUGAUAAGAGUAGUUCAUCUCAAUGGUUUUGUUGAAGAUUUUUAUCAACCGAUUUCAGCAAGCCAAGUUAUUGGUAAUCUACCAAAACACUUUGUUUGUACUUCAGUACAGCUUCUAUCAUCAUCCUACAAACCAUUGAAACGAGAUAACAGUCAACUCUUACCUGGUCAACUAUAUUUCAUCCUACCAUACUCAGUGCUCCAGGCGGAUGUUUCUCCUAUGGAUUUGGCUUGCCUAGCGAGAAGGCUCACUGCAAAAGGCAAAGCCAAAAACAAACCAUGUGAUUACAAUAAGUCACCAUCAAGGAGUCCUUGUAGAGUUGGGAUGGAAGAGAAAGUUAUGAUGAAAGGAGGAAGAAGCUCUUGUAGAGUGCAGUCAUGGAAACCUAUCUUGGAAAGUAUUGCUGAGAAAUCGCUCAACAGGAGAAGUGAAUCAGAUUUGCAAGAAAGUAUGUGUGUAAUGAUUAUAAGUUAGGAAGUAGGAAGUCAUAAUUUAUUUUAGACUUCUUGUAUCUGAUUUUCUAAAAAGUUUGUUUGGAUGAAUUUAUUAAUUCUUAGAUAAGUCAAAAAAAUAUCCAUGCAAUUUUCUAGUUAUUUGAAAACGUGUACACUGCAGCACAUUUGGAUAUUUACAGGACAGGCUAUUUUAAUGAUCAAAAGAUGGUUUUUCUAUAGUCUUUACAUUCACAGCCGUGUUUUUCUUCAAGAGGCAAGCUUCUGUUCUUUGCACCAGAGGUAGGCUAGUUUUUUCUUCACUUGAGUGCUUUUUAAUUGAUAUCUAGACUCUCAAAAUACUUUUUAUCAAAUCCAAUCACAUAAAAUGUGGUGGACACCUCAUCUUAACCCAAAACAUUAAAAUAUUAAAUAUAUAAAUCUUCUAAGUUGAAAUUGCUACAAAUUUUUAAAAUAUUCUUUAAUAUAAUUUGUAUCAAAAUGGUUGAAUAUCCUAGAAGUAUAAUAUGUAUGAAUAUGGUAGAAGAAUAUAAAAUUAUAAGUGUAUGGAAAAGCUAGAUAGAA